AGUCUAUGGUCUGCUCUUCUUUUUUUUUCCUUUUCAAGCACGGCAGCUGAUCCAAUGUUCAAGCUCCUUGUUGCUUGUCUCUCCAUCCCGUUGUCUCUCCUCUGUGCUUAGGUCACCUAACUUUUCUGCUCUUCCUCAUUUUCCGGUGGAAAUAAGGCAUCAAAACCCUUGCACUCUCCUGGCUUGGCGUGUUAUUUUAGUUGCAAACAAAGAGAUCGAGAGAAAAAGGGAAGGAGAUAACGAGAGGAGAAAGUAUGGGGAAUUGCCAGGCGGCGGAGGCGGCGACGGUGGUGAUCCAACACCCGAGCGGGAGGGUGGAGAGGGUCUACUGGUCUCUCAGCGCCAGCCAAGUCAUGGCCGCCAACCCCGGCCACUACGUCGCUGUAAUCAUCACCUCCACCUCCAACUCUUCUGAUAGCCGUAACAGCAGCAGCAGCAACGCGCCGGUGAAGCAUCUCAAGCUUCUCCGCCCGGACGACACCCUCCACAUCGGACACGUCUACCGCCUCGUUAGCUUCGAAGAGGUGCUGAGAGAGUUUGCGUCCAGGAGGCACGUCCGGCCGAGCCGGUUGCUCGUCAAGCAGAAACAUAAACCCAGCUCGAAAAAAGCCGCCGCCGCCGCCUCCUCCGGGCAAGGUGGUGGUGGUCCGGCCACGGAGCCGGAGAGCUCGCCGGCGACGCCUCAGGUGGUGGAGUCGCCGGCGACGGCGGAGGUGGAGUUCGAGGAAUUGGAGCAGAGGUUGGCGAGCAAUAGAAGAACCAGCAGUGGGGCGGCGGCACGACACGGGCAGUGGAGGCCAGCCUUGCAAAGCAUCGCAGAGAUUGGGGGUUAGAGCUCGCUCGCAGCCUUUUCUCUCUCUCUGUACUGAUAAAAACAGAAUAAAAUCUUUAUUCCUAUUAUGUUUAAUUUUGAGAUAUCUAAGGUAGCUUUAUCGUGUAUUAAAUAUUAUGAUGACGGAUGAGUUUCUUAGCGUGUCGUAGAGGUGUCUUGAGCUCAGUGUAGCAGAGCUUUAUGGUGUCGUUUUCCUCAGAGGGAUUAUUAGUUGAGUUGAGAGGGAAAUGAGUCGAGUCUACCCGAUGGGGGCUAUCGGCUAUCUUUAUGUGCAAGGAUGUUGAGGCUGCUGAGAAAAAGUAGGGGGACAUCUGACGACCAUGAUGUUUGAUGGUUAGUGGGCGAUGACUCGUAGCGUCUGAUGGGGGCAGAGUUUUGUAUUCUUUUGGUCGUUAUGUCAAUGGCUAAUCUGAAGGGCUAUUGAUGGAACCUCACAAACAAGUCGCCGCCACGUCCUUUCAUGUGUUUUAUUUUAUGCUAUGUUUGGAUGGAGGGUGAUAUAUAUCUACAUUGGUUUUG